AUGGCCAGUCGUCCUAGCUCGUGGCAGGAGAAGCUGCAGGACUACUGCAGAGCCAUCUCCUACCCGCCGCCCGUCUACAAGGAGUUCUCUGACCGUCGAGGAGGACGUACCGCCUGGUCGAGCAGCGUCCACAUCGGCAACAUGAGCGUGCCGGCGCGCUUCUGGUACGACGGCCAGUACGUCGACAAGGCCAAGGAAGAUGCCGCCGAGGUGGCCUUGCAGAGGCUGUGCAGUACGCAGCCGCAGCGUUGGUGA